AUGCUUCGUGUUGGAGGUAAUACUUCCAAGCGUCUUAUCGUGUUCGUUGACCAUGGUCCAAAUGGUAGUGGCAAAAGUUCACUUUUCCGGGUUCUUGGUGGCCUCUGGCCAUUGGUAUCUGGCCACAUUGUUAAACCAGGGGUCGGUUCUGAUCUUAACAAGGAGAUCUUUUAUGUCCCACAACGGCCAUAUACAGCUUUUGGAACACUUCGUGAUCAGUUGAUAUAUCCCCUUACAUUUGAUCAAGAGAUUGAACGACUCUCCUAUGAGGGAAUGGUUGAACUAUUAAAAAAUGUUGACCUGGAGUACUUGUUGGAGCGUUAUCCACUGGAUAAGGAAAUAAAUUGGGGUGAUGAACUUUCUCUUGGUGAACAGCAGAGGCUGGGAAUGGCUAGACUGUUCUUCCAUAAGCCUAAGUUUGCUAUUCUUGAUGAGUGUACAAGUGCAGUCACUACUGAUAUGGAGGAACGUUUUUGUGCUAAGGUUCGAGCAAUGGGGACGUCAUGUAUCACUAUAUCCCACCGCCCUGCUCUAGUUGCAUUUCAUGACAUAGUUUUAUCAUUAGAUGGAGAAGGAGGGUGGAGUGUUCAGUACAAGAGGGAUGAUUCAUUAGAUUCCCAUGGAAAUGGUCCCAAUUCAAUUGUAUCAUUCCAAACUGAACGCCAUAGUGAUGCAAUUGCUGUUCAAAAAGCCUUUUGUAGCUCUGGAAAGGGAAACAAACUCCCAAAAUCUAAGGUUCAAUCUUAUUCAUCGGAAGUAUUGGUAUCUUCUCCUCUUAGUUGGGAUAAAGCUCAAUUACCCGUUGUUCCUCAAUUGAAAAAUACUCCAAGAGCUUUACCUCUAAGAGUAGCUUCAAUGCUAAGAGUUUUGGUACCGACAUUGCUUGAUAAACAAGGUGCACAGCUCUUUGCAGUUUCUUUACUCGUUAUCUCGAGAACAUGGAUAUCUGAUCGCAUAGCUUCUUUAAAUGGAACUAGCGUCAAGUAUGUGCUAGAACAGGAUAAGGCUGCCUUUAUCAGAUUGGCUGGCAUCAGUGUUCUUCAAAGUGCUGCAUCAUCUAUUGUUGCUCCUUCUCUAAGAUACCUGACAGCCAAACUUGCCCUUGGAUGGAGAAUUCGGUUGACCAAUCAUCUGCUAGAAAAUUACUUGAGAAACAUGUCUUUUUACAAGGUGUUUCACAUGUCAGAUAAAAAUGUUGAUGCAGAUCAGCGAGUAACACAUGAUGUGGAAAAGCUGACCGCUGAACUUGCAGGAUUGCUUACUGGUAUGGUAAAGCCUUCUGUUGAUAUUCUUUGGUUCACUUGGCGGAUGAAGCUUCUAACUGGUCGAAGAGGAGUUGCGAUAUUAUAUGUUUAUAUGCUUCUAGGGUUGGGCUUCCUGAGAAGUGUUGCUCCUGAUUUUGGUGAUCUCGGUAGCAAAGAGCAACAGCUUGAGGGAACCUUUAGAUUCAUGCACUCUAGACUUCGGACACACGCUGAAUCAAUUGCCUUCUUUGGCGGUGGUUCUAGAGAAAAAACUUUGGCCGAUUUCAAAUUUAGGGAAUUACUCGAUCACUCCAAGGUCCUUCUGAGGAAAAGGUGGUUAUAUGUUAUACUAGAUGAUUUUGUUACAAAGCAACUUCCUCACAAUGUCACAUGGGGAUUGAGUUUAUUGUAUGCUUUAGAGCAUAAUGGAGACCGGGCAUUGACUUCUGCACAAGGGGAGCUGGCUCAUGCACUGCGAUUUCUUGCUUCCGUAGUUUCCCAGAGCUUCUUGGCAUUUGGGGAUAUUCUUGAGUUGCAUAGGAAAUUUCUUGAACUUUCUGGUGGUAUAAAUCGAAUUUUUGAGCUUGAGGAGUUGCUUGAUGUCUCUCAAAGUGAUAUAUCUCUUCCUGCUGCUUCAGUAUCCUCUGAAGUGAAUGUUAUUCCCAAACAAGAUAUUAUUUCCUUCUCCAACGUUGAUGUCAUUACGCCAGCGCAGAAGCUGUUGGCCGCGAAGUUAACUUGUGAUGUUGUGCAAGGGGAAAGCCUUCUUGUUACUGGUCCUAAUGGAAGUGGUAAAAGUUCCAUCUUUAGAAUACUUAGGGGUUUGUGGCCGGUUGUCAGUGGAAGGCUUGUGAAACCAUCCCAGAAUGUCAUUAAAGGGGUGCAACCAAAAUGUGGCCUGUUUUGUGUUCCUCAGAGGCCUUAUACUUGUCUGGGAACUUUAAGGGAUCAAAUCAUCUACCCGCUUUCUCGUGCGGAUGUGGAGGAAGGGAUGCGGAGAACAGGUGAUUCAUCGAACAUCUCUUCUCUUCUUGAUUCUCGUCUGAAGUCCAUUCUUGAGAGUGUUCGAUUGGUUUAUCUCCUCGAUAGAGAAGGUUGGGAUUCCACUCCCAACUGGGAAGACGUUCUUUCACUCGGUGAACAGCAAAGACUCGGCAUGGCACGGUUAUUUUUCCAUCAUCCUAAAUUUGGCAUCCUUGAUGAAUGCACCAAGUAA